AUGGAAGCCGCAGCCGCCCGCGCCGCCGCCCGCGACCGCUGGGGUGAGUUUGGCGGCCGCACGCCGUCUCAGCUUCAACGCUUCAUCCAGGCCGCCUGCAGUCCCGAGAACUUCGAGCCCAACUUGGCCCUCAACCUCGAGAUCUCCGACCUCAUUAACUCCAAGAAGGGCAGCGCCCCGCGCGAGGCCGCCACCGCCAUCGUCAGCUACAUCAACCACCGCAACCCCAACGUCGCCCUCCUCGCCCUCAACCUCCUCGACAUCUGCGUCAAAAACUGCGGCUAUCCCUUCCACCUGCAAAUCAGCACCAAGGAGUUCCUCAACGAGCUCGUCAGGAGGUUCCCCGAACGCCCGCCCAUUCGCGCCACCCGCGUCCAAGCAAAGAUCCUCGAGGCCAUCGAGGAGUGGCGGGGGACGAUAUGCGAUACCAGCAGGUACAAGGAGGAUCUGGGCUUCAUCCGGGACAUGCAUCGCCUCUUGAGCUACAAGGGCUAUGUCUUCCCAGAGGUGCGCACUGAGGAUGCCGCCGUUUUGAACCCCAGCGAUAAUCUGAAAUCGGCCGAAGAAAUGGAGGAGGAAGAGCGCGAAGCCCAGUCCGCCAAGCUCCAAGAACUCAUCCGACGCGGAACCCCCGAGGACCUGCAAGAGGCCAAUCGCCUCAUGAAGAUCAUGGCUGGCUACGAUACCCGAUCCAAGACGGAUUACCGCGCAAAGGCCGCCGAGGAUGUCGGCAAGAUUCAGGCUAAGGCACGCCUGUUGGAGGAGAGGCUGGAGGCUUUCCAGCAGGGCGAUACCAUGCAAGAUGGCGACGUCUUCAGCGAGCUGGCCGCGGCCCUGCAGAGCGCCCACCCCAAGAUCCAGAAGAUGUGCGAGGAGGAAUCGGACGACCACGACGCCGUGGCGAAGCUCUUGGAGAUCAACGACAGCAUACACCGGACCGUCGAGCGGUAUAAGCUUAUGAAGAAGGGCGAUGUCGAAGCUGCCGCCAAGAUUGCGGCUGGUGCUCCUCCGCCGUCUUCCUCGGCUGCCGCAGGCUCCUCGAGUGCUGCCAACGAGCUGUCUCUCAUCGACUUUGAUGCCGAGCCCUCAACCACCAACGGCAAUGGCAACAAUGGAGUUGGCUCAAGUAGCUCGCCUGCGCCCCCCGGUGCCACUGGCAUCGAGAACGACCUCCUUGGGCUCGAUAUCGGCGGACAGUCGGCCAGCUUUGGCCAAGGCGGUAACAUCGCCCUUGGCUUUGGCGCAAACCAGAACAUCCCCGGCCCUGCUCUCCUCUCCUCCGUAACCCAAGACAACUCCGCCAAGGGGCCCGUCACCAACCAGCCAACGCCUCCUCCUCCCUUCUCCCAGUUCGCUGGCUUCAACUCCCAGCCGCCAUCCCAGUCCUCUACGCCUCAACUCCCUCUCUACCAGCAGUCGGUGCACGCUCCGCCGCCUCAGCCCGCCUCCGAUCCUUUCGCGGCCCUCGGGUCGCCGCUGAGCAUGUCGCAGCGGGCCUCGCCUGCUCCUCCGCCUCAGCCCGCCGCCGCCGUGGCCAACGACGACGACGAGUGGAAUUUCUCCUCGGCGCUGCCUCCGGAGGCUCCUAGCAAGCCCGCAGAACACCGUACCACCGUCAGCAACACCAACCUCCACAUCGAAAUGCUGGCCAACCGAUCCCUCCCCGGGUGCAACGCCAUAGACCUCUCCUUUGCCUUCACCAACAACCUAGCCCAGCCCAUCAGCGAACUGCACUUCCAGCUCGCUGUCACAAAGGGCUAUGAACUCCAACUCCAGGCCCAGACCGGCCGCGACCUCGCCCCCAAGCAGAGCCGCGGCAUCACUCAGCGGGUCCAGGUCUGGCACGCCGGCAACCACGCCCAAAAGGUCGACUCUGCCAAGCUGCGCUGGCGCGCUGCCUACAAGGUCGCCGGCCAGCAGACCAAUGAGAUGGGUGCCGUCCCCGAGUUCAGCAUUGCAUGA